CGUGAGGAACUCCGGCGUGCCACCUGUUAUCCGUGGACGAAACAGCUCGGUUAUCCUCCACAUCGAAAGGAAAAUCGUAAUCGACUAAAACACUCUCCGACAACGUCUCCAUCCUUCGGGCCGUCUCGUGAAAAGCGGCGUUGACAAAGGACCGGAAGUUGCUACGUCAGGAUCACCCCUCGAUAAGCUGAGAAAGGUUCUCCGUUCGCUGCGAUCACGGUUUAAACACUGCGAAUUGCUUUUUUCGAGUUAAAUCGCGACUCCAUCGGAGGGAAAGCUUUUAUUUCGUGACCAACAAGCUGUUCGACCGCACGUACAAACGUCAUCCUCGUAAAACACAUUAGCCGAAUUCUGAAAAUGACACUUAUCAACGUCAUGAUAUCUUUGUUAUUCGUUUCGAUCGUUAAAUGUCAUCCGAUGGCGUACAACAGUUAUGACGAUAAAGAAUUAUCCCGGGAUCAUCUGCCAUUUUUACUGUUGGUCGACCACCGGAUGCCGGAGUUGGAGAAUGAAAUGUUUGACUCCGGCAACGAUCCUGGAUCAACGGUUAUCAGAACCAAACGAAUUGGUUCUCUAUCGAUUGUGGAUCCACUGAACGUGUUACGGCAGAGGGUGAAACUGGAACUGGCCCGGCACAGAGCUUUGAAGGAUCAACGACAGAUCGACGCUAAUCGACGCAUUCUGGAAAAUGUUGGGAAGAGAUCUUUGCCGAUGUACAACGUAGAUCUUUCUAACCCUGAUUUGAGAACGAAGAACAGAAUCGAAUACGUCAUCGAACAGGAAAGGAAGAAUCAAGGCCGCAAUGUGACGCCUGAGAGGAUCUCUGAGGACUUUCAGGAUUGGUUGCAGUCAGAUGACUCCGUUUUUCGAGAAAGACAAGAACCACGGAGGGUACAGGCAAACGAAUUGCAUUUAUUGUAAUCGACAAAAGGCAGAAGAUAUAAGAAGAAUCAACUAUGCUAUAUUACGGUUUUUUAUCUAACAAGCUAAUGACUUGCGUAUAGUUUAUGUAUUAUUGGUCAUAUCCCUCAGGUUUUACAUGUAUGUAUUUUACGGCAUGCAGCCAUAAUUUAAUAGCGUAUCAUUCAUGAAUUAUAUGCAAAUUGCUCGUGCGUCGAACAGAAAUUAUUAGCAUGUUCGCAUAAAAUUUCCCGUAAAGGAUAGUUCAAAAGAUAGUACCAGUAUUCCUCUGUGAAUUAAUUAUUGUAACAGCUAGUUUAAUUUAUAAGCUGAAGUGCGGAAAAGGAGGGAAAUAGAAAUAACAAAUAUGGAUUUUAUUAAAAAUGACUAAACCUGAAGUCUUAAAGCUAUAUUCUAUAUUCUUCCUUUUCGAUUAUGCUACAUCAUGCAACAGAACAGUAUUAUGUAUUGUGAUUUGUUCCAGUCUGCCUAUACAGUAAUCUCCACGCUUAAUAUUUGAUAUCCAGUGUUGGAUACGUGUAACUUAAUAUAUUUAUCCGUGUUAAUGUUAAGUUUUAAGGACUGAAAAUAUUACCCAUAACUUUCAGUUGAAAUUAAGCUGAGAAAGUAUACAAUAAAUUGUAUUUAUUAAUUACGGUAAAGUUUCUUAAAUAACAUUUAUGCAAUAUUUUAAUAGCGACUUUAUAACUGCACAUUGCAUGUAGUUUAAUUUAAACAUCGUUUGUUCUCGAGUUUUGUUCAUGAAAGAAAUUUAGUCAGAAAUAAAUGUUACGAAUUAACGAUUCGUUUUAUUUUAUCUUCGCAAACGUCGUGACAAUAGAAUUGACUACUUUCAACGUUACCAAAGAGAUUCCAUAUUUUGUGGAUGUACUCGAAAUGAUCGGUCAAUAGUUCCUUUUGUAUGCAUGAUGAAUUAAUAUACGUGUUGUUUUUAAGUAUUUGCCUCCAAAUUGUAUUUAUGUCCACAUCAAACAUCGAAGCGUAACUUGUAUUUGUUAAGUGUUCUAGUUUUAGCCUUAAGUGUUGAUAUGUUGCAUUAAAAAUGUAAAAAGGAUUAAUAUUUUUGAAAUUGUAACUAUGUGAAACUUAAGUUUUUUCUUUUAUUUUAAUUUAUGUAAUUUAUUGAAUAGAAUUUUCUUUAUUGAUUUAACCAACUUCUGACUGUACAUACAUUGAACAUGAAUGAUCUUUAGGACUAUCUCAAGAACAUAGAAAGUUUACGAUUAUAGUAACGAAAAAAGUUAAUGCUUCUGAUGUUUACAUUAAUAUUAGAAUGUAGACUUACCUACAAACGAUUAUUAUUUAUGUGUUGUACUAUAUAACUUGUUGCUAAAAACAAAAAAAAAACAUGUAUAAGAAUAACAAGAAUGUUGUAUGUAAUAUAGGUAGAACUUAUUUAUUUUAAAAAAUUGUACAAUAUCGUUGUUUAUUUAUUUUCACCUCGACUUUUUUUUUAUGUCUAUGAAUUAAAUUAAACGAUGCAUAGUUAAACUGAAAUAAAUUUCAUUUAAAAUACGUUCGUCGUGCAUUCUGAUUUUACCUCUUUCGUGCAUUAAAAUAUAAUAAAUUGUUGUAAAAAUAAAUCUCGUUGUUACACCGUUCUUUAUAAAAGUUUAUUUUCUUUUUACUUAUCAUCAAAUGUUUAUAUAAUACUUAGUAUUAUUACAAUUAUAACAUGUGCCCCCAUUCACUUCCAGUGAAUGGAGAUUAUAUUUUAUUUUUCUCUGAAAAUAUAAUGACUGUCAAACUGUUUCAAACUGUACAAUGUCACAAUUGAGAAUAUUAAUGUACAAUUAUUUUUUGUGAACAUUUUGUAGUAGAAUAUCGGGAAGC